GAACCCUGCACCACCCAGCAUGGCCCCGCUCGCCCGCACUGGCCACGACACAACUAGCAAUGUAGUCUGUGGCCAGCCGUACUGAAGAAUUUUGUGAUGUGUCGUGAGAGAUGCGGAAUAAACCUCGCUUGUCACUCGACGCUUCCCAGCGACCUCAACCGCACCGGAAGCGGCGAACAGGUAUCCCGACCACCUGCCGUGGAGAAUGAGAUGAGCUGCUCUCGCCGGCAACGGUCCAUGCUCUUGAGUCAGUUCGACGAUCCGGUCGUCCAGCGAGAGGGUCUUCGAGGCCCGGACUUUUUCAUGCCAGUACGAGUUGACGGGACUGCCAAGCCCCACCCACUGCUGACAAAUCAACCACAUGUCAACGGCAGAUGGCCUCUCCAUCAAGGAAAAUUACCGGGAUGUUUCGUUAGUGACAUGGUCUGGGGAGGUUUUUGCUACUGCGGGGUUUCCAGACACCCUGUUCAAGAUUCUAACGGAAUACUGCGUAGUAGACAAUCUCGUGGCCAGGGUGGUUGCAUUACAUUUCUGAGUACAAGCGGCUACGGAUACUGGGCCAAUGAUAUUCCGGGAAUAUCACACACUCUCAAGAUUAGUCAGGGGCACGUGGUACUGUACAUGGACGGCAAGCGAAGGAAGGCUAAUUUGUGGAUACUCGACAUAUGGGACCCUCCUGUUUUCGUUCAUACACACUAAUUGAGCAGGAAUUAGGAGUGCAAAUAGGUCUAACACGGGAUAUUGCGACUUCGAA